UUUUUUCUUUUUUUUUAACUCCGCCACCAUCACAACGCGAAGAAAAGGGAACAAGAGAGAUAGAGAGCACGGAUCCCGCCUAUACCGGUGGUAAAAAAACUCCUCCGAACGUUCUUCGUUAGAUUAUCCUCCUGGAGUCUUUGGGGUUUUAUAGUGAGAAUUUUGAUCAUAUCUAGAUAUUUAUCAAUGGAGGCUCGCUGCCCGUUGAGUAACCUUGCACACACUUCUUCAAUACCAAACCCUUCACUCGCACCAGACAUUCCCUUCAGUUCAGAACACAAUCAACUCAUAGAAAGGCCCUAUCAUUUGGGGGAAGCAGUUGGUCACAUUUAUUCUAAUGAUCUCCCUAACAACGCUUCCAUGGUCGGAAUCAGUGACACACCUUUCAUAUCUGAGAUACUAGACUGGGAUCCUGCUUCAAUCCACGACCUUCUUGAUUUGCCUCUGGAUUCACCCAUUCAAAUGGAGGAGGAUGGUGGCAUCCUGGCAUCUGGUGACAUUCACAAACAAAGUGACUUGGAUGACGAAUUGGUUACUGGAAUCUGGAACGAUCUUUUCCUUGACCCAAAUUCUACCUCAGCUUCCAAGGUCCAGGAACCAACUAUGCAAUCUCAGGUUCAACAACCCCAAGUUUCCAGGCAGCAGCCUUCUCCUUGUUUUGAACUGCGACCUCUUGUUAGGACAGUAUCCUCUAACAGCAACAACAACAACAGUUGCACUAGUAAUAAUACUGCAGCAGCUAAGGGACGUAUGCGUUGGACGCCAGAACUUCACGACGCUUUUGUUGAGGCUGUUAACCAGCUUGGUGGCAUGAACAACGCAAAACCAAAGGCCGUGCUGAAGCAUAUGAAAGUCGAAGGCUUGACUAUAUAUCAUGUCAAAAGUCAUUUACAGAAAUAUAGGACAGCUAGAUAUAUACCAGAACCAUCAGAAGGCUCGCAAGAGACGAAGUUGACACCGGUUGAGCAUGUUACAUCUCUUGAUUCGAAACGUGGGAUAGAUAUAACUGAGGCGCUGCGAAUGCAGAUGGAAGUCCAGAAGCAACUGCAUGAGCAGCUAGAGGUUCAAAGAAAGAUGCAACUGCGGAUAGAAGAACAGGGAAAGGUCCUGCUCAUGAUGUUUGAUAAGCAAAAUAUGAAUUUUUGCAAACCGGAUCAAGAAGACAAAGCAAGUGAGAAAACGCCUGAAAGCUGUUCAGAGGAGGCAGAUUCUCCACGACCAAAGCGUCCGAGAAACAGUGAAUGAAAGGAGAUGCUUCUCGGGAUGACAGAUCAUAAAAGUGAAAAUGGUGCUUUGGUGAAGUUGAAGAGUUUUGACUUAUUAGAGUAGGAGCUUUCUCUCUUCUUAGGGCCUUUUUUCUCUGCCUCCUUUUUCUUCUCUCUUUAGUAAAACUUUUAUUUUCUGAUUCUCAGCUCACUAGGAAGAAACAAAAAUAAAGAGCAAUGAAUUUUGUAGAGUUUUCCCAAUUUUUUGGGAUGUAAUCUGAAUGCAGAUUCUAGAUUUAGUGUUUAGGUUAAUUAAAACUCUUCUUUUUGGUGUUAGCAUUUUUUGUACAUAUAUAAAUCAGCUCUCGUAAGAUGAGUUCAUGUCGGAGGCCAGAGAAAAAU